AGCAGGGUCCAUGGACCCCGGGAGCAUGUUAGAAAUCCAGACUCGCAGGCACCAUCCAGUCCCACAGCAUCAGAAUCUGCAUUGUGGAGAGAUUCCCAGGGGAUCCUUAACGUUUGAGACUCGGCGAGCAAGCAGGUGCUGUGCUUUAGGAGUGGAGGGACAGUGGCUAGGUGCGUGCGUCAGAAGGCUCUCCCUUAGUGAGCCAUCUGGGAAGUGAGGCGGCCACUCCAGACAAGCCUCCACACGCCCUCCAGACCUUCCAGCCUCCUAAGUUCCAGCUGAGAGCAGCCCUCCCUCUGCCCGACUUCCCUCAACCUGCAAAUCCAGAGUCAGGUCACCCAAGCUGGUCCCCAGUGCACACACGAUCCUGCCCGUGCAGGGACCGUCUGCUCCAGGAGCGGGCCCACACCCCACAUCCCCCCAACACUCUACCCUCAGUGACAGUGGGACCGGGCCCGGAGUGCCAGCCUCGACCCCAUCUGGAAGGCUCUAGGACAUGAACACUUCCUCCCACCGCCCUGGCCUGCAUCAGGCAAGAUCCAGCCGUGGGGGCCCGCUCCCCAGCCUCCCCCCAUCUCACCGCUGUGCCUCCCGCCAGUCUGGGGACAGACAAGAUCGCAGUAUCCAAGGGCCCGGAGUUCGGUAAUUCAGUGAACACUGACUGAGCACUUGCAGGUCGGAGGCCGGUGCCGGGCAGGCCCCUGGGGAGCCGGCCGGCCGUGAACCAGACGGCGAGGAUUCCUGACGCCUUCGAGCUCCCACUCUGAGGGGAAGACAGAUACGGAACACCGUGGAUAACUUCUUCUUUGCCUCCCGUGGAUGCCCUUGCCGGCCACUUCUGGAAAAGCCCCAGCCUGCCAGGCCUGGGCCCACGCGGCAGACCCCCGCUGAGAAAAGCACAAUCCCAGGUCCCCCGACUCGCGACCACCUUCCCGGGCCACAGAGCUACAGGUUUGCGGAUCUCCUCAAGGCUGACCAGGACCCACCGAUUAAUUACAUUUUCUCCUGUCUUCUCUGGGGGAAACCUCUGAUCCCCACCGCUUCCCACCAGGCCCAGACGCGGCCCUCGCCGCCCCCCCCCCGGAGGACCAUGCAGUGCAGCUGCACCGUCGAGGGCGGCCCUGCCGGCCCGGGCAGCCCCUGGAUCUCAGGCGUGGCCUUCCCAGACUGGGCCUGCAGGGCCGAGUCGUCCCCGGGCUCCCGGCAGAUCCAGCUGUGGCACUUCAUCCUGGAGCUGCUGCAGAAGGAGGAGUUCCGCCAUGUCAUCGCCUGGCAGCAGGGAGAGUACGGGGAGUUCGUCAUCAAGGACCCCGACGAGGUGGCCCGCCUCUGGGGCCGCAGGAAGUGCAAGCCCCAGAUGAACUACGACAAGCUGAGCCGGGCCCUCCGAUACUACUACAAUAAGAGAAUCCUGCACAAGACCAAAGGCAAACGGUUCACGUACAAGUUCAACUUCAGCAGGCUGAUCGUGGUCAGCUGCCCUCUGUGGGAGCUGUGGGCUCCGCCUGCCCCCCAAGUGCUGCUGGGGGCCCCCGCCCUCAUCCGGCCAGCCCUGCUGCCCACGGGCCUGCCCAGCGAGCUCCUGCAUAGCCUGCUGCUUGCCCAGCGGGCCACGGCUGAGCAGCUGGCUGGACACCAGACCCCCCACGGGCUGCCAGAGGCCACUGAGGACAAGAAGGGGAGCAGCAGCGGUGCCCCCCGCCUUGGCUCUCUCCCGGGCCCCUGCCAGCUCGGCCCUGGCUGCCUCCUGGGGAGCCUCCAGGACCCGCCGCCCAGUCUGGCGUCCUUCGCCCCUCCCCCGCCACCCUCCCUCCCUGCUGACUGGACCCACCUCUCAGGGCCCUUCCUGCCUCCUGUCCCCCCGGAGCAGCCGUUCCCAGGGGCCCCCAAGCCAGACACCCUGCUCCCAGGGCCCAGGGGCCCCACAGGGACCCGCCCGUUUCCGGGACUCCCCCUGUUGGCUGGGCUGGGACAGGGGGGUGGUGAGAGGCUCCGGCUCUUGUCGCUGAGACCCCAGGGCCUGGAGGUGAAGCCCUAUCCCAUGAUGAGUGCAAAGAGACGCCCGGAUCCCAGGGAGGGCUUCUCCUCGGACAUUCUCAGACCCCAAACUGGGGACAAAAGCCUCGUGUCCCCCUGGCUGGAGAACUUCAAGGCAGUGUGGCCCUUGGACCCUCCUUAGGUGGGGAAGAGAGAGGGGGUGGGGGUCCCCCAACUCCAUCCCUCCUCUCGUCUGCUUCCUUUCUGGCUUUGCCUGGCCCAGCUUUGAAGGGGUGGAGCUGGACAAAAGGAGGUGGGGAGCAUUGCAGGGGUGAGGAAGAUUGAGGCAAGGCCCCCCUUUCCCACCCCGUUGUCAAUCAGAUUACGGAGACAGUCUUCAUCUCCACUUCCUUCCACGGGCCCAGCCCCCCAGCUGCCCACACGAGGGAGAAAGUGGGUGUCUGGGUUGGGGGGUCAGGGGUCAGCAUGCCCUGAGUGUUAGGGCCCAGGCCCCUCCUCCAGGCCCUGCUCCCAGUCUCUGCCCCGCCCUCCUCACACUCCUCCACCAGCCCUGGGAGCUCCUGUCCACGCAGACACUUCCUUCUGUCGCCACCCCCCCCCCAACUCCUAAGCCCCAAGGGCCUGAGGCAGGGAGGGACUGGCCUCAUGGGUUCUGUAAUUCUGCCCAGCAGACCGUGAGUAAAAGGCCCUUGGCCACCUGCCCUCUUGGCCGACCA